CUCUCCCUGUCAGCUGUGUGGAAUGUUCAGCAUAUAUUGUGCAGCCCCCCAUCUAAGGGUCCAGCCGGCAGUCACCAGCAGUGUCUCAAGUCUUUCAUAGAAAUCAUUCCUCCUUCUAUGCUGUACAGACUCGCAUUCCAUGGGCUGCUGCUGAAUCGUCUUCAAGGUGACCCUGCUGCAGCAUGUCUACCCCAGAACUACCUGCCACUCUCUUCAACACAUCGCCCUCCUUCUCGGCCACUCCAGGAGUCCUGGCUGUGGAACCCAAUGCCACCUCGUGCCAGGAGUGGGAGCAGGUCCACCAACUCCUCUUCCAUCUGGCGAACCUGUCCCUGCUACUGGGCCUUGUAAUCCCCACUACCAUGGGGCUGCACAUGAUCCUGCUGCGCCUUUUCCUGAUGACAGGAUGUGGUCUCUUCAUUGUAUGGGCGACUCUGUACAGGUGCAACCUGGAUGUAAUGGUUUGGAACAUGGUAUUUCUGGUGGUCAACUUCAUGCACUUGUUCUUCCUCCUGUACAAGCGUAGGCCGAUUAAGAUCGACAGGGAGCUGCGGUCAGUCUACAAGCGGAUGUUUGAGCCUCUCCAUGUACAGGAGGCUCUGUUUCAGAGGCUCACAGGACAGUUCUGCACCAUCCAAACACUGAAGAAAGGCCAGGUGUACGCUGCAGAGGACAAGACCUCUGUGGACGAACGUCUCAGCAUUCUCCUCAAAGGAAAGUUAAAGGUAUCAUACAGAGGCCAUUUCCUCCAUAACAUCUAUACAAAUUCAUUCAUUGACUCUCCAGAGUUCAGGUCCACUGAGAUGCACAGAGGAGAGAAGUUCCAGGUGACCAUCAUGGCAGAGGAGAAUUGUAAGUUCCUGUGCUGGUCUCGAGAGAGGCUUACCUACUUCCUGGAGUCAGAUACUUUCCUUAGUGAGGUGUUCAGGUACCUCAUUGGCAAAGACAUCACCAACAAACUGUACUCUCUGAAUGACCCCACACUCAGUGACAAGGCGGUGAAGAAGAUAGACCGUCAGCCCAGCCUGUGCUCUCAACUGUCUAUGAUGCAGAUGAGGAACAGCAUGGCAGGCGACUCUGAUGAUGUCCUUAACCAGAUCCUACGAGGAGGAUCUGCUGGAUCAUCGCUCCAAAAAUCACCUGGGAUCAAGACCUCCUCAAAGAUGAAGCCCAUAGAAGAAUGCAUGGAGGACGAUGUUUUUGAAGAAUCUGUACCCUCCAAGUCUCACCGAAUGCCCAGCACUUCUACUAAGGAAGUGUAACCAGCAGGGGACGCAUCACAAGAUCAAAUGCAUAUUGUGUAGGUCUGUUUGGCAUCGGGGGGUGGGAUCACUUAUGAUAAUCAGUAGUGAGGUUUUUACAUUCAAGUUCUUAUAGAUUUUUCUCAUCUUUUACUAAAUGUAUUUAAAAUUUCAAAGGUUGUUGAGAUCUACUGAUUAUUUUCUUGAUGACAGACAUGAUGAUACUGCUUAUUCAGCUUCAAAAAACUUAUUUUACUAUUCUCUGUUCUGCUGCUGUCUCCACUCCUCUCCUGUCCAACUAUAAACACAACACAUUAAAUGAAUUAAGAUUAAUGUUACAUUAAUUACACUGAGGAAAUAAGAAAAGCAAACCACCACCAUCGAGUUUCUUGACAGCUUCAUUGAUGUUAAUGUUUUCAAUGUAGUAAGUCCCUGCUCUGGGGACCCACAGGUGGUCAUUUGAGUGAGUUCCCAGAAAGGUUACAUUGCACUUACUUAAAUUAACAAGCGUAGUUGUCGUCAAUUUGAGUAAUAUUGGGAGUCAUUUUCACUUCACCUGGUUCACUUUGUUGUCUCCACUGUGGCUCUCUGCUCUGCUGUUGUGACCUUGCUCCAUGUGUGUUUAAACUCAGCCCCAAUACAGAGAGCAGGAUUUCCAUGAUUUCAACAUGGACUUGUAUGAUGUAACAUUUACUGCGUCCUUUUGGAUUUUGAUGUUUUGGAAAUGCAUGAUGCUGCAGCUUCCAGCAUACCUGUAGCCAGUAGCCAUGACACCUCUGACAUAGAAAUGCCACUCCGGGGACCCUGAAAUGUCACACCUUCCCAUUGUCUGUAUGGGUAGUUGCUUGAUUUGUCCAGUCACCUCUAAAGAAUCAUUAAAUAGAUUAGCAUUAAAUUGAGCUUUGUAUUCUCAAAUAUCAGUAUCAAUUACUGUUUGUGAUUUCACUGUUGUACCCCAUUAAAUAUAUGUGAUAAUUGA